AGGUCCACUUACAGUCACCAUGUAUGAGGACUACAGCCAGUCCACUGGGGACUAUUAUUUCCUCUGUGACACAGAGGGGCCAUGGGGCAUCGUGCUGGAGUGCCUGGCAAUAAUUGGCAUAGUGGUUACAAUUAUUCUGCUCCUGGCAUUUCUCUGCCUCAUGCGAAAGGUUCAAGACUGUUGCCUGUGGAAUGUCCUCCCCACCCAGGUCCUCUUCCUCCUGGGUGUGCUGGGGCUCUUUAGCCUUGCUUUUGCCUUCAUCUUCCAGUUCAAUCAGCAGACUGCCCCUGUACGCUACUUUUUCUUUGGGGUUCUCUUUGCUCUCUGUUUCUCAUGCCUCUUGGCUCAUGCCUCCAACCUGGUGAAGCUAGUCCGCGGUGGGGUCUCCUUCUCUUGGACGACACUUUUGUGCAUUGCUAUUGGUUGUAGCCUGUUGCAGACAAUCAUUGCCAUUGAGUAUGUGACUCUCAUAAUGACCAGAUGUAUGAUGUUUGUACAAAUGGCACCCUGUCAGCUCAAUGUGGACUUUGUGGUACUCCUGGUCUAUGUCCUUCUCCUGAUGGCCAUCACCUUCUUCGUCUCCAAAGCCACCUUUUGUGGCCCGUGUGAGAACUGGAAGCAGCAUGGAAAGUUCAUCUUCGCCACUAUGCUCAUCUCCAUCAUUAUCUGGGUGGUGUGGAUCUCCAUGCUCCUGAGAGGCAACCCACAGCUCCAGCGGCAGCCCCAGUGGGAUGACCCUGUCGUCUGCAUUGCCCUGGUCACCAAUGCAUGGGUGUUCCUGCUGCUGUACAUCAUACCUGAGCUCUGCAUUCUCUACAGAUCGUGUAAACAGGAUUGCUCUGUACAGGGCAACGCCUGCUCAGCCCCCGUCUACCAAUGCAGCUUCAGAGCGGAGAACCAGGAACUCUCAAGAGCCCGAGACAGUGAUGGAGCUGAGGAGGAUGUAGCAUUAACUUCAUAUUCAGCUACAGAUAGUAAACAAGAUACUUCUGUAGCACCUUUCUCAGAAUAA